AUGCUUAACGAACAACUCAAAGCUAUUAAACGAGAAUUGGGAAUUCUCAAAGACGACAAAGACAGUGUUUCAGAGAAAUUCCGUCAAAGGCUAGCAAGCUUGACAGUGCCUGUCACAAUAAUGGAAGUUAUUGAACAAGAACUUGCAAAGUUGUCGAACUUGGAGAGUUCUUCUGCUGAAUUUUCUGUGACUCGAAAUUACUUGGAUUGGUUGACGUCAAUUCCGUGGGGAAGGUACACGGAGGAUUCUCUGGACUUGGUCAAAGCCCGAGAGAUCCUUGAUCACGAUCAUUAUGGAAUGACUGAGGCCAAAGAUCGUAUUUUGGUAGUUCAACCUUCCAGUAAUUGUUUAGGAGUUUAUAGCUUGAUUAGCGAGAAUACUGGACUUGUGUUGGACCAAUUAACUAUUGAGAAAUCUGUGUUACAGACUCUCAUUAGGUUUUAUACUCGAGAAAGUGGGGUACGGAACCUGAAUCAUCUCAUUGAACGGAUUUAUCGUAAAGCUGCCUUGAAUUCUAUUCUGAAUCCUGUUAAUGAAAAGAAUUUAACUCCCGAGCGACUUGCUGACUUGAUCGGUCCAGUUAAAUAUCCAGAAAAUACUUUUUAUGGGAAAAAGACCCCAGUUGGAGUUACAACUGGAUUAGCAUGGACCGCAGUUGGCGGAGCUGUUUUGUAUGUCGAAUGCCGACCACGACCAGAAGGAGGCUCAGGUCAGUUGCUACUCACCGGCAAUUUGGGAGAUGUUAUGAAAGAGAGUUCAGAAAUUGCUUUGACAGUAUCACAGUCGUUCUUGAAGAGAAAAUAUCCUGAUAAUGAUUUUUUGGUAUUAAAUAAGGGAAGAAUACACUUACAUGUUCCAGAGGUUAUUUAA